UCCAGACAAUUUAUCAAAAUGUCUUUAUCAAAAAGACUUAAUUGAUUAUAUUUAAUAAUUGUUUUGUAACUGGGAACAAAAUGCUGUGGGACCCGACGUUAGAGGAGGUGGACUUUGUGGUGGGGUACGUGGAUCGCUUCCUAGGAGUCCUGGAGCGCCCCUUCUCCGAGUUCAACUGGGACACCGACCCAUGUGACUGUGACUACACCACCGAGCUGGCCCUGCCCCAACACAGGAUACAGUACUUCACCCACAGAGGGCGCCGUGUCUGGGACCGCAACACCAGGACGGACAGAGUGUUCGGUUCCACUGGGAACCCUCUAGCGCCCCCCUUUGGAGGGGAGGAGGAAGUGACGGCAGAGGAGCAAAAACGCUAAUCCUAUAGAAGAGGAGAGAGAGGAAGAGGGAGAGGAGGAGGGAGAAGAGGAAGAGACCAGAUGCCUUGCAGAGAGAGAGCAACACAAGACCAACGUUCUCAGUCCAGUGUCGGUCAAACAAGGCCUACCUGACUACCCUGAGUCAGGAAGCAGUCCACGGGGUCAACAAGAAGCAGGAAGAGAAUCCAAACCAUUGGAGGAGGAAGGAAUAAACAAGGCUGCUGACUCUGGCUUAGUCGACUCCACAGACCGUGUGUCUAACAAAAAAUCCAGGGUCCAGCCCCGGACGGACUCCAGCCUGUCCCUCUGGAGCAGAGAGAAGAGAGGAGUGGGCGUCGACCCCCCAAACCCAAGCC